AGGCAAGCGGGUGGACGCGGAGAUGCCGAGACGCUCACACGAGGCACGACCCGAUCACGAUCUCCACCACCGACGGCUAUAAAGACGAGAGCCACCUCGGAAUCGACGGCGAUGAAGACCAAGAAUUAUCCCCUUCAACUUCGUAACCCUCUCCUGAUUCUCCUCUUCCUCGGAGCAGCAGCAGCAGCCAUGGCGGCCGAGCCGGAGCAGGCACCCCCCGCGGAGGCGCAGGAGGCGGCCGUGCACAUCGUCUACGUGGAUCGCCCCGAGGACGCCGACCCCGAGGAGUUCCACAUCCGCACCCUCGCCGCCGUCCUCGGCAGCGCGGAGAAGGCCAGGGACGCGGUGCUCUACCACUACAAGCACGCCGCCAGCGGGUUCUCCGCAAAGCUCACCCCCGAGCAGGUUGCGGAGCUCAAGAAGCAACCAGGUGUUCUUCAGGUUGUGCCAAGCCAGACUUACCAGCUCCAUGGACCUGGGUCUGGCACUCACCAGGGUACAACGCUCUCCUCGGGCCUUAUGUGAAGUCAUAACUGAGAAGACCGUGUUAUAGUAUGGCAGUGGCCUGACGAAUGUGUAAUACAAGAAUAAGGGAUGUAUCAUCUAGAUACAGUUUCAGGCUUGUUCUGGAAUGUGUAAUGCACUAAUGCGUACAAGUUUGUUUCAAUACAACAGUUGGCUAGUCUGUUAUUAA